UUCCUCUCAAUCACCCAUCAUGUAUUAUCACCCAAGCAAUAUAGCUGAACCACUGGAUACUUAUGAUAUCCGCAACCAAGCUGAAGUGGGAGAUACCAUCGAUUGGAAUACAUACACAUUAGAUGGUUCACAAGUUCCGUUUGAAAAUACCUUUUGGCCCCAAGCCUCGAUGUUUCCUCAUGAUAAUAUGGGCUUCCAACGUAGAAGAAGCUCUUCUGUAGGUGCAGCUCCAUUUCAGCACGCAGAGUUUCUAUCGCAAUAUCAACAAAAGAUCGAAUGCAUCACUGAGGAAGAGUACCUUCCAGUUCCCCAUGUCACCGACCCCUCGCUUUCUGGGUCUCCGUUUUCAAGUGCCUCUUCAGACACACACAUGACCUCUCCCCCACAACAACACCAGACAUUAUUUCCAGAGAUUGUCCAGCCUAAUACAGACACACCCAUCAACCGUCGUCCAGCUGUAGGGAAACGGCGCAGAUCAUCAUCUGUGCCGUCUUGCUUCCAACGUCGACCGCCAGCACGAAUGGAACCCCUGGUGUUUGCGCAGAUGCAAGUGACUGAUCCACGUCCGCCUGCACCACCUGUCUUGCACCACCAACCACCGGUACCCAUCGAAAGGGUGCAACGUAUGCCGCCCAAGCCCUCGACAACUGAUCCAGAAGAGGAGCAGCGCAAGAAGGAUCAUGAGCUUCUCAACACUGACUUUGAUGACAUUACUGUGGCAGCUCUCAAAGAACUUCUUCGACAAAGAAAGCUGCCUUCCAACGGAAAAAAGGCCGAUCUAAUUGAUCGUCUAAGACAAGAACGUACUCGCGUACUUAUAUCCAAACUUAUGUCACCUUCUCCUCUAGUUCCCAAGCAAGCCAAUUCAGAUAAUCAUUGUACUUAUAAUAGCAGCUAUCAUACUCCUUGGAAUCAAGAAAUGUUAAAUACGUUUCUUGAGAAGCUUUAAAAGAAAAAAGAAAAAUUGUAUACUUUCUUUAUAAAUAUAUAUAUAUAAAUAUAAAUACAACACACACAACAACCCUUUAAUACAACCAAACUCACUUUCAAAUCUUUCGUAAAUUUCGUCAAUAAAGUCAUCUUUCUCUUCAUUUCACUUUACUUUACUUCUUUACGUUUCAAAAUUAAAUAAAUAAAUAAAAAGACUGAUACACA